UUCUUUUCUCUCGUUAACAUUAAGCAUCGAAUAUUGCACUUUUUCAAACUGUACGAGUUCAAUACUUUCAUGCGUUCGAAAAUGUACAGUUCUGGAUUACAAUUUGGUAUUUGGUCACAUGUGACAAAGUGGACAAAAUUUCUGACUGCACCACUUGACUGGGUUAAAUAUCAAUAACCUGCCAACCGGGUUAAUACUUCCUCUUAAUUAAACUUUUGUUUAAUUUCAACACAUUUGGAACGAGUCAUUGUUAAUUGGAGAUUUUGAAUAGCAGCUGUGUUUACCGAAUCUGCCUUGAUUCUCGUCCAGGUUUUAAAUGGCGACUGCUGCAGCGUAUAUUUUAGAAUUCUUCCAAAGCAACAAACAUUUUGAUCUAACAUUUAAAGUCAAAUGUGGUAGUACUUGGAGUUCUUUUACUGCUCAUAAAAUAGUGUUAUCUAUUUGGAGUCCUGUUUGGGCUAAGAAGUUUCAAGAAAAUAGUAAUGCAGUUGAUGAUGUUAUAGAAAUAUUGGAUAUAAGUCCAAGUGUUUUUCACGCCUUUUUAAGCUAUCUGUACGGUUCUAAAAAGGAGCUUGAAGAAAGUAAAAAUGAUGUUAAAUUUGUCUUAAGCAUAUACGAAGCUGCCUGCAAAUAUCGAGUGCAAAGACUCAAAACUCAUUGCUGUGAAAUUUUAAAUUCUUCAUCUCCUAAUAAAAAUAAUGUAUUUGAAUUAUUGGAUGCUGCAGUUUUGAUAAAUUCAGAUUGUUUGAAAGGGCAAUGUUUCAAAGUCUUACAAUCUGAAACAGAGGAAAUAUUAAAUUCACAAGAUAUUACCUCCGUUACGCCAACUAUGGUUGAAACUUUGCUUCAACUUCCAUCAUUAUGGCUUUCUUCUGAGAAUGAUUUGCUGACUUGGGUAUUUAAGUGGGCAAAAUCCUAUUGCUCGUUGCAGAAUAUAAAUAUUCCCAGCAAAGUUAUCAGUCCUUUUUUACCUUUCUUUAAUUUUACGGCUUUAAAUUCAAAAGAAUUUGCAAUGCUUGUCAGUGAUCACAAAGAGUUUUUCGAUGAAGUCGAAUGCUUCAAUAUUUUUAUGAAAAUUAAUCUACAAGAAUCAUCUGAAUUACCAGCUAAUGCAAAUUCACGCAGUUAUAUGAAACCCACUGAAACACCUGCAAGUGCUAUGUUGGGUGAUGGUACUCCAGAGAUGCCUUACGCCAUAAAUAAUUCAUCAAGCAGAAAUUCAGAUAGUUCUAAUUAUAAUGCAUCUAGUACAGCUUCAAUUUCUACUUCCACUGAGGAAACAGUUCCUGCAGUUAAUGUUGGUACUAAUGCAACAAUUACUGUUGAUAAUGGUCCAGUUAAUUGCUACAUAACAGCUGAUAAAGAGACAAUGACAGACCUUGCAAUAGAUACCAGUUCAGCUAGUUGCUGCACAAUAUUAAUGCCAUCAGCUGAUAAAGAGACAAUGACAGACCUUGCAAUGGAUACAGAAGCGGAAAUUCUACCUAAUGAUAUUUCAUUACAAUCAUCAGCUGAUAAUACAGAUGAUGUAACCAUGGAUACCAAGGAUGAUGCAGUCACUUCAUCUAGUGAUAAUUCAUCUGUACAACUCCAAAUUGAGGCUUCAAAUGACACUUCAUCCGCAAUUGAGAUGACAGAGAGGGGGCAAAGCAAUAAUUCAGUUUUAGAAGUAGAAGAUCCAGAACCAGGAAUAUCAUGGGAGUUCUUGGAGCCCCCAUUGCACUUGGAAAAAAUCAAGAAAAAGAAAAUUGUGAAAGCAUACUUGUUGCCAG